AUGAAUGUUCUCCUCUAUACGUCGACCGCUUCUCAUUUGACGUCUCAAAUAUUAGCCCGACUUAAACUGUUCCUUCGGUCGCAUUAUGACAUAAUUCUUGUUGAUUCUAACGCGCUUCGUACAGAGCCCUGGUCGUCUUCCACAAGAUUACUGAUAAUGCCUGAUGGCGAUUGCAUAGCUUAUCGGCAAUCAAUGCGAUCACCUGUUAUUAAAAAAAUACAAGAGUAUGUCGCUGGUGGGGGGAACUAUGUUGGAAUCGGUGCAGGCGCCAUGUAUGCUACCAAGGGAACAUUCGAAGAGGAGGGAAUUAGUGACGAAAAUGCGUCGGAAUUUGGUGCAGAAGUCGGGAGGGAAGAGAAAGGGCUAGCUUUUCUUGAUGGAGAAUUUAAGUUAUGGGAAAAUAAAUCCAACAAGAAGGAAGAGGAGGAACAAAGCCGAGACGGAAAAAUCGUGUUAGAAUUGAAUAAAGAAGUAUUGGGAAAGUAUUAUCCUAACAUGCCGCAUGAAAUAAUCAUCAAUAAUGAAGAGACAAUGAAUCCCACAACGCCCCCCAACAGAGGCUAUUUUCAUUUGAAAGACUCGCGAAAAGUGAUAGUCCUUGCGCGAUAUAAACGAACAGCUCACCCAGCAAUAAUCUAUAGUUCAAUUGGACAAGGCACAGUCAUCCUUCUUGGUAUUAACAUCCUUACUCCAUCAUAUUGUGACUCAAUGACGUCUCCAUCUGAUACGUCAUCGAUAUCACACCUCCUCUGUUCUCUUUUCAAACUCCAGUCCUUAAAUGUUUCUCCAACUGAAAGUCAUGUUCCGCGCCUAUCUCCACUCUUCCUAACCUCAUUUCGGUCUUCACUUACCGAGCGCCUCUUACGGAACAUCAAGCCUAUUACGUCUGAUAACGGCAUGCUUAAAAUGACGAACAACACAUUCCGUCUAGUGAAAGAUCUCGCUGAAUCCGGAGAACUGCUCAGACGAUAUGAUAGGGGCGAAUUGGAUAUAAUGGAGGAUGGAGAGAUACCAGUGUUGGUGUAUCAUGAUGAUCCUCCGGGAAUGGAGACUACCAAGACGUUUGACAUUGGAGCAUUUUUCGAAUGGUUGAGAAAAGAAAGGCAGAAGGAAGAGUUAGGUCGGAGGAGAGAAAUGGAGUUUGGGUCGAGCAUCUUGUUCGGUGAUAGCAUUACGAGCACUCAAACUAUUUUGGAUAACAACUUCUCCCUAAUUCAGCACCUACCAACUGGUUUUGUUGUUACAGCCACAACACAAAUUCGAGGACGGGGACGAGGACGGAAUUCUUGGAUAUCUCCGCCGGGAUGUUUACAGUUUUCCUUGGUGUUACGUCAUCCAGUUAAUAUAUACUUGACAUCCGUAGUGUUCGUGCAGUAUUUGUUGGGAUUGGCAGUGGUUGAGGGCAUUCGUGAUAAGGAAGGAUAUGAGAACAUUCCACUGAAGUUAAAGUGGCCAAAUGAUAUAUAUGCCGAAGUCUCAACUCGUGAUGGGACAUCCAAAGAAUACGUGAAGAUUGGUGGCAUAUUGGUAAACUCGCAUUUUGUGCGAGAUGAGUUUUUGUUAAUCGCAGGUUGUGGAGUAAACACAAACAAUGUUGCCCCAACGACAGCAAUCAAUCAGAUAAUCGCGUCGUACAAUGCAUUACAUAACACAGAGUUGUCAGGAUUCACGCAGGAAGGGCUUCUUGCCGUAAUUCUCACAAAGUUUGAGUUAUUUUAUUUGGAAUUUGUUAAUAAUAAGCGCGGAUUUGGUGCAUUCCUUGACCUAUAUUAUAAAAGAUGGUUGCAUUCUGACCAAAUAGUGACCGUCGAGUCGUUGAACAAGCGGGCGAGGAUUGUCGGCAUAACAACUGAUUUUGGCUUUUUGAAGGCGGUCGUCGUCGAUGAGAAUGCGAAUGACACUCACGAGAUAAUUACGUUACAGCCGGAUGGCAAUAGCUUUGAUAUGAUGAAAGGAAUGAUUACACGUAAAGUAAAUUAA